UAUAUUGUAUAUUAUAUAUGGUAUAUGUAGUGUAUAUUGUGGGUCCCUAAACUCAGGGGCACAAGGCCCAGUGUUAUACACUAAGCAAUCCCAUUAUCAGAGCUCACUAGAUGGAACGGCCAGUACAGAUGUUGAGUGAGCAGCCACCCCCUCCCACUAAUCUCCCAGUGACUUCCCAUGAAAUCUCACAUGCCGCUGUGUGUUGCGGUCACAGAGAUUGCCGAGCAGUGAUUGCCACACUCCUGCCCGUGACGUGGGGCACUGCCAAAGGUUGAACAGCCUGUACCUGGGUACAGAGCCUCUCGGAGCUGCUGGGAGGGACAGUGCCUGUGCCAAGGGGAGGAGAGAGCGGGGAGACAAAAUACAGAGAGGCUUUUCAGCACAGACAGGUGCCUGACAGGGAUGAUCAAGGUAGCGGGAUUCUGCCUAUUUCCAGUAGAGACGGUGAUCAUGGCUCAGAGUUGGUGAUGCCAAGGGCCAUGGAUCAGAGCAACGCCCUGCAGGACUAUGAGUGACAGCGAGUGACAGCAGGUGACAGUGGGUGACACAGCUGUGAUCCCGUCUGUGGUGACUCAGAGCCGCCCAGUGAUAAGAGGGAUCAGGUCCCGCGGGAGCUUGCAAUCUAACACCGGCUCUUAGGAUGUAAAAUAUUGAUCAGUGGCAGUCUGCGGCAUGUCGUGCCCUCCGGGGGAGUGCAGGGGUUUCCCCCUCUAUACCUUCUACUCAGCCCCCAAUGCUUCAGACCCCAUGCAUUAUUCUUCUGUGGCCCUCAGCACAAACCCACCCUUGAACAAUGGAUCUGGGGCCCCAUGUCCAGCGCAGGACCCCACACUGCAGGUGAGCAGCCCUUCCAGGGGUUCCAGGGACAGGCACGGAGACUCCUCACCCAAGUGCUUCUAUCGCCACUAUCUGACCCGCACCAGCAUGCAGGGCGAUAUCUACAACUUCUUAGAAAGACCCAGCGGCUGGAGGUGCUUCAUCUAUCACUUCAGUGUGUUCCUUCUCGUUCUCAUCUGCCUGAUAUUCAGUGUUCUGUCCACAAUUGAACAUUACUCAGAAUUUGCGACUGGAACCCUCUUCUGGAUGGAGAUUGUGCUGGUCGUAUUUUUUGGCGCUGAAUACCUCAUUCGCCUCUGGUCGGCUGGUUGUCGUAGCAAAUAUGUGGGAUUCAAGGGCCGAAUCCGCUUUGCCCGGAAACCCAUUUCUAUCAUUGAUCUCAUUGUGGUCAUCGCAUCCAUCAUUGUGCUUAGCGUAGGAUCCAACGGACAAGUCUUUGCCACGUCUGCAAUUAGAGGUAUCCGUUUCCUGCAGAUUCUGCGCAUGUUACAUGUAGAUCGACAAGGAGGAACCUGGAGACUGCUGGGAUCUGUGGUGUUCAUCCAUCGACAGGAGCUCAUAACAACUCUGUACAUCGGCUUCCUGGGCCUGAUCUUCUCAUCUUACUUUGUGUAUCUGGCCGAGAAAGAUGCUGUAGAUGAGGAGGGAAGAACUGGCUUUUCCAGUUACGCUGACGCCCUCUGGUGGGGAGUGGUCACAGUGACGACUAUCGGAUAUGGGGAUAAAGUUCCGCAGACCUGGAUUGGAAAGACCAUUGCGUCCUGUUUCUCCGUAUUCGCCAUCUCUUUCUUUGCUCUGCCGGCAGGGAUUCUGGGAUCUGGUUUUGCUCUCAAGGUUCAGCAGAAGCAGCGACAGAAGCACUUUAACAGGCAGAUCCCCGCAGCAGCUUCACUCAUCCAGACCCUCUGGAGAUGUUACGCCGCUGAGAAAUCCUACAGCUCCACAGCCACCUGGAAGAUCUACCUUACCCCUCCGGAGCAGGGCAACAAGACCCCCAUGGCCCCAGCCAGCCCCACCUCACGGAAACAGAACAGAAGAUGUAAGAAGAAAAGCAAAUCUAUACACGAGGCAUGUGUUAACCCUAUGAGCCCCGUCCUGGCCCCGCUGUGCCUCUCCCCUACCCUCCGGACCCCACGUAGCCCUCCCCAGGAGAAUGCACUGUCUGUCCCCCACAUCACCUACCAUCACACAGAGGAGGACAAAGCAGAUGAUGGCUUUCAGGAUCCUGCAGGUCGGCCUCGAUCUUGGUCUUCUCUCUCUAUCUGCACAUCAUUCAGCCUGACGUCCCAAGGAAGAGGCCGACCGGGACAGUCCCUUCCGGACAUCUCACGUACAAACAGUUAUACAGACGACAUAGACGGAAUAAGCGAGGAAAGUGCGCUGCCUGCUGUUACAGAUCUAUCACACACUGUGAGCAGGCUGACAGAGGCUCACAGGAUGGCGGUGAAGGUCACGCGCAGGAUGCAGUACUUUGUAGCCCGACGAAAAUUUCAGCAAGCUCGGAAACCAUACGACGUGAGGGACGUGAUUGAGCAGUAUUCCCAGGGCCAUUUAAAUAUGAUGGUGCGGAUCAAAGAGCUUCAGAGAAGGUUGGAUCAUUCACUGGGCAAACCAGGACUGUUUCUGCCAGAGAAAGGAGUGGAUAAGGGAUACUACACAGUUGGUUCACGGCUAAUGCGCCUGGAGGAAAAGGUAAAUCGGAUGGACCACAAACUGGACGAAAUCUUAUGUGUCUUUCGCGCUCAAUUGGUGCCAGAAGAGGAUCCGGCGCAGUCCUCCCAGCCGUCCUCACCUGCCUCCCAUCGAUUGCACCCGUCUCCCAGCUCCCCCACGCACAGCCGCAAACUCUGAGGAGCACCCCGACUCCUUGCAGGGAAUAAGAGACAGGGCUUCCCUGUACUAGCGAACCCAUUGGAGAUGCUUUGUUUACUCUAUGUGAGCCACUAAGGUAGAAAUGGUUACUCUCAGUCAGUGGGGGGCCAGUUUUGUAUACUUGGUACACACUAUCUCCAUUGCUCACAUAGUCUGCCUUCUUCAAGGAACCCAGCUAAGGAGCACAGGGUAUCUGUGGCACACUGACCAACAUGGAAAGCCCAGGGACCACACUCCAUUCAGUUCUCAGGUUCUCUGCAACACAAGCCCUAUAGACACACAUAAAUCAGCCUACAUGUUGGUUGCACCUAAUACACGUCCUGCCCUUGACAUGAUCACUUGUAUAUAGGAUUGUGAACCCACUUGCCUUACGUUGACCUCAGGGGAGCACAACCCCCUCACACUUCCUUCCGUGCUCUCUCUCCAUUCGGUUACACAAGCAACGAGUGUGUUAGAACCCAGCUGUGUGUUUGUGUGUGUGACAUGAACUGCUCUUGGAGCCUGAGUACUGCAGGCACCACGUGUUAAGUGUGCGUAUGAUUGUGAUCUCCUAUGGACCCAAAAAUGGAAUAAACUUCAAUGGAGACUAGGACUGUAUGGGAAUCUGAUACAGAAUAAUUACAUUCAUAAAACAUG